AUUGCAUAAUCUUCAUAUCACCGUUUCUCCUCCUCAUUUCAAAUCGCACGUCACUCUCUCUAACAAAAAUCAUCUUCUUCUCACGAGGGCUGAAGGAUUUGCCCAUAGAAAUUAAGCAACAGAAUAUUCAGAGAAUCCUCAGCCUCAAUCUGAAAUUUCUGAAAAUCUCAACCCCGUCCUCGCCAGUGCUGCUGCAGACUUCUUGUUCAGUUGUCCUUCACCGCUCUCGUCUUCGGCGUUCUCUCUUCCUCCAUUCUUGAACCCCGUCCCCCAGAUCCACAUCGUCAGACCAUUCCUCGCCGGUGUUGUUGCUUAGAUCUGUGCUCGUCUUCGCACGUGAGGUGAUGACUGAAGACACAGCAAAGAAGAGAUGAGUAGCGAUCAGGAGGUGAAGAUAAGGAGGAGAGAGAAUCUGCCACCAGCUUUUUAUAAAUUAUCAAACUAUUAUGCCUUUUAAUUGAAAGCAACAAUUUAGUAGUCCAGGAACUAAUGAAAUUUUAAUUCGUUCCUGCCAUUUUUUGAGCAGAGGCUACCCUCAUGAAGCUAAAAUUGGGUGCUCAACGUCUAUAAGUCGGUUCUUCUUCUCUCCCUCACCCUCACACCGCUUUCAUUUUCCCUAUUCCUUGACCAAACCAGGUCAAAUCUAGCUUUCGUUUUUCUCUCCCAACUCUUCCUUUUUCUGCAUUUUCCUUAAAAACUUUGCUCGCAUCAUCAGUACCUAAAGGAAUGCCGCUUCCUUUUGCCUGAGCAAAUCGUUUUCUGAUAAUUCAAUUCGGGACUCAUGGAGAGUGGAAAAGCAAAUUCUUCGUCCGGAUAUGGUGAGCCUCCGUGGAAAUUCGAAGGCAGCGCCGUGUAUCAGCUCCAUCUUGUGAAAGCAGAAAAAGCUCGAGCGUGCAUUCCAAAAGAAUUCAGAUUAGUCGAAUUGUUUGGAUACACACUUGGUGGCUUUUUCCUCGCCAAUUAUGAGGACAGUCCAGCUGGUGUAUUCGAUGAGUUGGUGGUGAUUGCCGGAAUCGUAUGGAACCGCCCAACUUCAUGCGCAUGGGCUGCACGAGUGUAUGUGAACAGUGAUCGGGCUUGUGAUCAUGGACGCAAGGAGGUGGGCCUCCCAAGUCAGAUGGCUAGGUUUUCCAAAAGAAUUACAGCGGUUACAAGGAAGAAUGGAUUUUGGGACCCAAUAGGAAUUAAUGCUUCCUCCUGCAAUCGAAUGGAAGAUGUUCAAGUAACCGAAAUCAAGGGCCCUGAUCUGUGUGAUAUCAGUCUGGCAAGUGCUGCAGUACCUGCUUUGAAUGUUAAACAAUGGAUGGGUCCAACCAUCAGAAUGUCACUUCCAAGUUUUAGUGGGGGCACAGAGUAUAAUCCUAAUUUACUCAAGUACUCUUGCCAGAUUGAAUGCAGGCUGCGAGUAGUGCAACCGUUGAGAGUUUCAGGGGCAACACUUGCGGUAACAAAUGAUGAUAAAAAAGAGGAUGUUGGAAAUGUUGAAAAUGAGACGCCCAACUUGAGCACCUGUGUGAUGUUAUCCAAACCCAUACUAGCCCUCAAGUUCAGCGAAAUGAAAAUGCAGGUGGAAGCUCCUUCUGUGCUUUCAGGAGCGUCCUCUGCGAAGUUGUGAAAUCAAUGUUUAGUGAUGAGAUGUGAGUUUUCUUUAAUACAUAACUAUUGGUUUA